GCGCGCGCGCGUGUACACCAAGGGCGUGUGAGUAAUUAUAUGCAUAAUAUAUGUGUGCUCAAUCUGUCGAUGUGUUCUAUAUAAACUCGGCGGAUGGGGCGGCGUGGCCCUCUCCUGGGCGAGGUCGGCUUCUCCCGCCUAUUGUCUCAGGCAGCAGAGAGAAGUGGCGAUGGGAGAGGACGGCCGGGUUGGGUGCCUCCUGUCCCCCGCUUCCAAUUAUAGAUGGAUCAUUACCGACAGAGCAGCACGGCGAGCCCAGGCAGCACCCGCUCCUCCUCCUCCUCCACCUCCUCCUCCUCACAUGAAUGCGCUCCCCUCCUAGAGAACAGCCCGCCAACAUGCUCUGGAAACUGGUCGAGAACGUCAAGUACGAGGACAUCUACGAGGUGAGGGGGACAGGUGGACACCGGGGAGAGGGUGCCCCACGCCGAGGCUCUGUGGGGGUUGGGGCAUCCCGGGAGAGGAACUUUCCGCGUGGCGGCGUAAAGGGGGAAGGCGAAGGAGAAAGGGGGCGCCGGAGCAGUCGGAGCCUCGCCUUGGGUGGAAGAGGACGGGCUGCCCUGCCGGGGGAAGGAGAAGAAGAAGAAGGAGAAAAAGAAGGAGGAGAGUCUGCUCCAGGGCCCGGCAAAUCAGUAGAAGAUGCCAACAACAGCGGCAUGAACUUGUUGGACCAGUCUGUCAUCAAAAAAGUUCCAGUUCCUCCAAAAUCUGUUACUUCCUUGAUGAUGAACAAAGAUGGCUUCCUCGGCGGCAUGUCCGUGAACACAGGCGAAGUGUUUUGUUCGGUGCCUGGGCGGCUGUCCUUGCUCAGUUCAACUUCUAAAUACAAAGUAACGGUCGGAGAAGUGCAGAGGCGCCUUUCUCCUCCAGAAUGUUUGAAUGCCUCACUACUUGGAGGAGUACUUAGAAGAGCCAAAUCGAAAAAUGGGGGCAGAUCGUUGCGAGAGAGGCUAGAAAAAAUUGGUUUGAAUUUACCAGCCGGCAGGCGCAAAGCGGCAAAUGUCACUUUACUCACCUCCUUGGUGGAAGGAGAAGCUGUACAUUUAGCCCGGGAUUUUGGAUACAUCUGUGAAACUGAGUUUCCAGCCAAAGCUGUUUCUGAGUACCUGAACAGACAGCAUACGGACCCCACUGAUCUCCACUCCAGGAAGAAUAUGCUACUUGCCACAAAGCAACUUUGUAAAGAAUUUACCGAUCUCUUGGCCCAGGACAGGACACCCAUUGGCAACAGCAGACCCAGCCCCAUUUUGGAACCAGGCAUCCAGAGCUGCUUGACUCACUUCAGCCUCAUCACCCAUGGCUUUGGGUCUCCCGCCAUAUGCGCUGCCCUGACUGCUCUCCAGAACUACCUGACGGAAGCUCUCAAAGGCAUGGACAAGAUGUUCUUGAACAACAACUCUGCUAACAGGCACACUUCUGGAGAAGGACCAGGUAGUAAAACCGGAGACAAGGAAGAGAAGCACAGAAAAUGAAACACAAAACAAAGCUAAUGAAAUUAGGGGAAAAAUAAAAUGAAAGAAAAAGCAGAGAGAAAGAGAGAGAGAGAGAGGAGGAGGAGGAAGAGAGAAACAUUUUUAAAAACUUUUUAAUUUUAGGUUUAAAAUAUUGGAUUGGGCUUUGGAAGAAUUAUACUAGGUAGGUUACACCCACAAAUAUUUUUUUCAAGGAAGUCAAGGCGAAAGGCGCACAAUGGAGCAGGAACAGUGGCUCAGUGGCUUUUACAAAGGAACUUUUCAAGACAAUUUCCAGGAAUUUCCACUUCUGUUCUUCUGCAAUCUUUUUUUAUUGGGGUGGGAGGGCGUGGAAAGAGAAAAAAAAGCGUAAUAAUAAUAAUAAUAAUAAUAAUAGGUGUAAAAGCAAUCAAUAACUUAUUGGAGGAAUCAUUUUGAUAAUGUUGAUAUGAUGGCUGAGAUCCAUAGUCUGUUUCUGUAUUACUGUUGUCUGGUUUUUUGUUUUUGUUUUUUUUUUAAAGUGUCUCUAAGUAGAAAAAAAAGCAAAAACCUUCUAAGGGAUGGGUUUAUUUAACAUUGGACAGUCCGAAUCAGAGCAAACAUUCCUGCUUUAAAUUCUGCCAACCGUAGCCUCUUUAUUUGUGUGAUAUCUUGCCAUUACCCGGGCCUUAUCAAUAAUCUAUGAUAUAGAUUUCUGGAGCACAAGGGGAAGCAAAAUUGUCCUCUGCGACUACAUAGACGAACAACUUCAAAUUCUGAAAGAGUGAAACUAAACCUACAUCGAUCACUCAGUGUCACCUGUUUCUCUAUGGCCCCUUCUACACUGUCAUAUAUAAUCCAGAUGAUCAAAAAUCAUUAUAUGAGUCUACACUGCCAUAUUAUCUAUUUCAAAGCAGAAAAUCUGGAUUUUAUAUAGCUGUGUAGAAGGGGCCUUAAUUCCCAUUGAUUUCUGGCAUCUGCUCUAAGCAUGACUAAAUUCGUAUUUAAAAGAUUGACAAUAAUGGAGCCCUUUACUUACAGCAAUAUAUAUAUAUAUAUAUAUAUAUAUAUAUAUAUAUAUAUAUAUAUAAUAUCUCCCCCUUCUGUAGAGGAGAAAUGUUGUAUCACAAGUGGCCCUGUGCUCGAAAUUAGUGUGACUUGUUUAUUAUUUCUGACAUGCUAACCAUUCCUUC